AUGAUUAUAAGGAGAUACUUCCUACCUUUCUAUGACUAUAUAAUAGAACUCUUAAAGAUAAAGGAAGUAACUACCUACCUUACCUUUAAGAUUUAUAAUACCCUCUUUAAUCACUUCAACCAGGCAGAGGCACUACUAAAACAGAACCAUAAAAAGCUGACAACUGGGGCUAGUAUUAAGCGACUCUUUAAUACUACGCGGGAUAUUUGCUAUUAUUACCGCGGUCGCCUGAAGUCUAAGACAAUUAAGGAGCUUAUACUCUACCGCUAUAUAACUAAGUUUAGUAUUAAGGAUACUAAGAUAAAGGAAUUACAGCAGUUACUUAGUCUAGCAGAGGCUAAGGUUAAGAAGGAGGAGAGUGCUAACUUUCUAGAAGAUAGUAAGUAUAAUCUAAUUAGUAAUAAUAAGGAGGAGGAGGAGGAGGGGGGGGGGAAAGUAAUAGGAUAUAGGAGGUAUCUCCUUUCUCCCUAA